UGGUCCGGCGGGGAGGGUGGGGGAAAGCUGACGGGAGGACAUGCAGGCUCGCUACUCCGUGUCCAGUCCCAACUCCCUAGGAGUGGUGCCGUACCUCGGCGGAGAGCAGAGCUACUACCGCGCCGCUGCGGCGGCGGCCGGCGGGGGCUACACGGCCAUGCCGGCCCCGAUGAGCAUGUACUCGCACCCGGCCCACGAGCAGUACCCAGCCGGCAUGGCCCGAGCCUACGGGCCCUACACGCCACCGCCGCAGCCCAAGGAUAUGGUGAAGCCGCCCUACAGCUACAUCGCCCUCAUCACCAUGGCCAUCCAGAACGCUCCCGAUAAGAAGAUCACCUUGAACGGGAUCUACCAGUUCAUCAUGGAGCGGUUCCCUUUCUACCGGGACAACAAGCAGGGCUGGCAGAACAGCAUCCGCCACAACCUCUCCCUCAACGAGUGCUUCGUCAAGGUGCCCCGCGACGACAAGAAGCCCGGAAAGGGCAGCUACUGGACCCUCGACCCCGACUCCUACAACAUGUUCGAGAACGGCAGCUUCCUCCGCCGCCGCCGCCGCUUCAAGAAGAAGGACGCCGUCAAGGACAAGGAGGAGAAGGACCGCCUGCACCUCAAGGACCAUGCCCCGCCGCGACCGCCGCCGCCCGCUGCCGCCGCCGAGCCCGAGGGCGGCCCCGCCGGGGGCAGCGCUGCGCCGCCGCCGCCGCCCGUCCGCAUCCAGGACAUCAAGACAGAGAACGGCACGGCCUCGCCGCCGCAGGCCGUGUCCCCCCCGGGCGCCGCGCCGCCGCUCGGCGCCGUGCCCAAGAUCGAGAGCCCCGACAGCAGCAGCAGCCUCUCCAGCGGCGGCAGCCCCCGCAGCACCCUCCCCUCCAGCCGCUCCCUCAGCCUGGAGGCCCCCGAGCCCCCGCCGCCCCCACCGCCGCCCCCGCCACCGCCCCACCACCACGGCCCGGGCUUCAGCGUGGACAACAUCAUGACCUCGCUGCGGGGCUCGCCGCAGGCCGCCGCCGAGUUGGGCGCCGGCCUCCUGGCCCCCGCCGCCGCCGCCCCGCGCACCGGCAUCCCGCCCGCCCUGUCCCUCGGCGGAUACUCGCCGGGACACAGCUCCGUCUACGGCUCGCCCUGCGGCCAGGCGGCCGCUGGCGCCGCUGCCGGCACCUACCACUGCAACAUGCAGGCCAUGAGCCUCUACGCGGCGGCGGGCGGCGCCGACCGGCCCGGCCACCUGCCCGCCGCCGCCGCCAGCCCCGCCGAGGACCCGCUGCCCGAGUACGCGAUGCCCUCGGGCGGCGGCGGCGGCGGCGGCGGCGGCGGUGGGGCGGGGGGCGGCGGCGGCGGGGCGCUGGGGCACGGCGGGCUGGGCGGCGCGGCGGGCGGCCACCAGGAGGGGCACCACCCGCACCCGCACCAGGGCCGCCUGGCCUCCUGGUACCUCAACCAGGCGGCGGCGGCCGCGGCGGCGGCGGCGGCGGCGGCGGGGGAGCUGGGCCCGCUGGCGGGCGCGGCGGGCUACGCGGGGCCGCAGCAGGGCUUCGCCGCCGCCCCUCGAGAGGUCUUCGAGGCGCCGCGGCUGGGGCUCAGCGCCUCGCCGGGAGGCGGCGGCGGCGGAGGCGGCGGGGCAGGGGGCGGCGGCGGCGGCGGCGGGGCGGGGGGCGGCGGGAGCUGUCAGAUGGCCUUCCCCGGCAGCCAGCCGCUCUACCGCACCUCCGGGGCCUUCGUCUACGACUGCGGCAAGUUCUGAGCGCGCCCCGUCGCGGGGACACCGCGGGAACUCCGCUCCGGUCCGCACCGCGCCGCCGGCCCCCGCAGCGCCCGCGGAGGGAAGCGAGCGCAUCGCGAAAAGCUUUUGUACAGAGACAGCCCCAAAGCAUGUCUUGGUUUGUUAAAGGACAGUGUUACUCCAAUAACACGUAAGUUUUUUUUUUUCUAAUUGCUUUGAGAAAUACUUUUUUUUCCCGCCCCCCACCCCGCGCUCUUCCCCGUCCCUUAAGGUAUUGUCAUGCCCCGUGUUUAAAAGGGAGCGAAAAGUCCAGCAUAGAGUACCAGCUUCUUUCCCCCUCCCCUUGCUCUUCUACAAGGACUUGUUUUAAAAUGUAAAUUGCGACAUAGUAAUUUAUUUUUAAUUUGUAGUUGGAUGUUGAGGACCAAACGCCAGAAAGUGUUUCCCCCUUUCCUGAAAAGUGACGUUAAAAUUGACUGAAACGCUGAUUUUUUUUCACUAUAUAUAAAAAGGGAAACUGUAUUAAUCUUAUUCUAUCAAUAUUUUUCUUUUUUUUUUUUUGUUGAAAAUAUUCUGAAGGUAUUGCAUUGUUUGUUUAUUAAUAAAUUACCAUUCAGUUGGAAUGAUCCUUUA